AUCGCCCCGCUGGCCCCAGCCGUGCGCCUCGCUGCUCAGACUGCGCCUUCCCGCCGCCCCCGCGCCCCGCAGCAGCCGGUGCGUCCGGAGCGCCAGGGCGACAGCAUGUUGGGCAUGAUCAGGAACUCCCUGUUCGGGAGCGUAGAGACAUGGCCUUGGCAGGUGCUGAGCAAAGGGGACAAGGAAGAAGUCUCCUAUGAAGAAAGAGCCUGUGAAGGAGGGAAGUUUGCCACAGUGGAAGUGACAGAUAAGCCUGUGGAUGAGGCUCUCCGGGAAGCAAUGCCCAAAGUCAUGAAGUAUGUGGGAGGCACCAAUGACAAAGGAAUUGGGAUGGGGAUGACAGUCCCUAUUUCUUUUGCUGUGUUCCCCAGCGAAGAUGGUUCCCUACAGAAGAAAUUGAAAGUCUGGUUCCGGAUUCCAAACCAAUUUCAAAGCAACCCGCCCACCCCCAGUGAUGAAAGCAUCAAGAUCGAGGAGAGGGAAGGCAUCACCGUCUAUUCCACGCAGUUUGGUGGUUAUGCCAAGGAAGCAGAUUAUGUGGCUCACGCCACCCAGCUGCGUGCUGCCCUGGAGGGCACUGCCACCUACCGGAGUGACAUCUACUUCUGCACCGGAUAUGACCCUCCCAUGAAGCCCUACGGACGUCGUAAUGAGGUCUGGCUCGUGAAGACAUAAGUGACUCGGAGCUGGGAACUUGCUGGAAGCUUCUGUGUCUCUCACUGGGGGCAGGAGCGGGAGAUGCUUCUCGGGUUCCAGCCACACUUAACCCACUUCCCUUCAACGCCUGGGACUGCAGUUUUCUGAAAUCAGCUUGUCCCAUAGACUGAGGCUUGUUUUCUCAUGGUUGGAAAUAAUACAGUCAAGAUAGGAAACUUCAUUCUCAUUGAUUAAAAAACUCUAUGGCUGACUAGAAAAACCUGGGCAGCAUUUUCUCAGUCAUCUGGGUCAUUUAAAAGCUGAUUUUUU